UCCCCUGUGCCAUCUCGUGCUCUCCCUGCUCUACUCACUCUUCCCACCAUAGGCAGCUGUGACUCGCUAGUGACCAGACCAGUGAGCUAGUGACUGUACCAUGCAGUUCUAGCUAGCUAGCGAGCGAGUCUGGUGGUGGUGGCAGUGGGUUGGUAGGAGGAGUGGCAGCGCCAAGUGGGCGGCAGCAGCAGCGCGCGCGCGCGGGGACGUCCGGGCAGGCUGCGACGGCGAGCAGGAGGAGCGCGCUGCCCCGCCGGGCGCCGCCGGCAAUGUCGCCCCCGCCCCCGCCGCUGCUGCGCGACCAGCUGUCGCGCAGGACGGCGGUGCUGGGGCUGCGCCUGUGGGUGCUCCUCGGCAUCGCGGUGGGGGCCGCCUUCCUGCUGCUCCUCGCGCUCAUCUCCCUCCACCUGGCCGCCGCGCGCCGGAGGCGGCCCAGGAAGGGCGUCGCGCGCGCGCCCGCGCCGGCGGGGGCGGGGGCGCCGCUGUCCCCGUCCACCAUCCCGCCCGUGUCCAAGGAGAUCCAGGAGGUGGCCGUCCACGUCGGCUCGCUCCGCCACUACCUCGAGAUGGGCCACGCGUUCCUCAAGGACGGCGGCGCCGCGCAGCACCACGGCGACGGUGGCGACGGGGACUCCGUGGGGGCCGCCACCGCGCACGGGUCGCAGCGCGUGCACAUCGAGGCCGGCAAGGGCCGCCGCAUGCUCGCGUGCGCCGACGGGGAGGUCGGCCCCGUGGCGUCCGACGUGUCGGCGGCCGCGUGCGGCCCCGAGGUGUCGCACCUCGGGUGGGGGCACUGGUACACGCUCCGGGAGCUGGAGGAGGCCACCGCCGCCUUCGCACCCGAGCACGUCGUCGGGGAGGGCGGCUACGGCAUCGUCUACCGCGGCGUCCUCUCCGACGGCUACCAAGUCGCCGUCAAGAACCUCCUGAACAACAGGGGGCAAGCCGAGAGGGAGUUCCGGGUGGAGGUGGAGGCGAUCGGCCGCGUCCGACACAAGAAUCUUGUCCGGCUGCUGGGCUACUGCGCCGAGGGCGCGCACCGGAUACUUGUCUACGAGUACGUCGACAAUGGCAACCUCGAGCAGUGGCUGCACGGCGACGUCGGCCCCGUGAGCCCGCUCACCUGGGACAUCCGGAUGAGCAUCGUGCUCGGCAUGGCGAAAGGGAUCACGUACUUGCACGAGGGGCUGGAGCCGAAGGUGGUGCACAGGGACAUCAAGUCCAGCAACAUCCUGCUGGACAGGAGGUGGAACCCCAAGGUCUCGGAUUUCGGCCUCGCAAAGCUCCUGGGGUCGGACAGCAACUACGUCACCACCAGAGUGAUGGGAACAUUUGGUUAUGUGGCGCCAGAGUACGCAAGCACCGGCAUGCUGAACGAGAGGAGCGACGUGUACAGCUUCGGGAUCCUCAUCAUGGAGAUCAUCUCCGGCCGAAGCCCGGUCGACUACGCGAGACCCGCCGGAGAGGUAAACCUCGUGGAGUGGCUCAAGAACAAGGUGACCAACAGGGACUACGAAGCGAUCCUGGACCCGAAGCUGCCGGAGAAGCCGUCCUCCAAGGCGCUGAAGAAGGCGCUCCUGGUGGCGCUGCGGUGCGUGGAUCCCGACUCGCAGAAGCGGCCGAAGAUGGGGCAUGUAAUCCACAUGCUCGAGGUCGACGACUUCCCGUAUCGAGAGGAUCGCCGGACUCUACGGCCGGGCAACGGCAGCCCCCUGGAGAGGGCGAGGACGCCGGGGAGGCCGGCGGUGGCGGGGUCCUGCGACAGCAGCUGCUACGAGGGCAACACGACCACCGCCAGCACGCCGUCCAGACUAGUCCAGGACAUGUAAAGCCAGCGCUACCACGCACGCGUCCGCCGGGCUCCUGAUCGACUUCUGCUUCUGCCUGCCUGCCGGCCGCACGGGGAUGCUGCGGCUCUGCUCUGUCGGUGCCGUUUUGAUCUGGUUCUCCACUUGCCUCGCCGACGCAUGAUUCUUUUUUUUUUCUUUCCCGGAGGCGUGGUUGCCUGAUUGCCUCCCUUCCCUAGGUUUCGAACUCAUCUACCGUGAUUGACCUAGAUUUCCCGGGUGUUGCCGAACUGUCUGUAUAGUGAAGCGCUAUCAUCUCAGGCCGCCAGUCCGGCUGUUUGUUCGUUGAUUCAUUCCGUGGUGAUGUACAAAGGCGUGGGUGCGAGUUAUCUGUGUCCUGUUUGCCCUUGAAGCUUCAUGUGUAGAAGCAUGUCUCCAGUAAUUUUAGCAUGGCUAGUCGUUUGUUGCCAAGAAGAAAAUUUGAUCAAAAUUUC